AUGGCGUCUUAUGUGGAUAACAGCUUUCGGCAGGCUGUGAUGAUGAAUCCGGCUGAACGGACGCAACAGGACCUGGAAAUCGUCUACUCAUAUCUCCACGGGAUGGAGGCCUUAUCCAACCUGCGAGAGCACCAGCUGAGGAUAAUGUGCGAGACGGUGCGCUAUGAGAGACACGAGGCCAACGAAGUGCUCUACUAUCCUGACGACAUCGGGAGCUGCUGGUACAUCCUGCUGUCUGGCUCAGUCUUCAUCAAGGAAUCAAUGUUCCUGCCCAGAAGCAGUUUUGGGAAGCGAUCAGCGGGCAGCCUUCGACGCGGAUGUGAGUGUAUCGUCCUGGAGCCAUCAGAGAUGAUUGUGGUGGACUAUAUGGAUGAAAAUGAGGAGUACUUUCAGCGGCAAGCCUCGCACAGACAGUCUCGCCGGCGCUUUCGGAAGAUCAACCAGAAAGGGGAGCGGCAGACAAUCAUCGACACCGUGGAUCCGUACCCCGCCGGAAAGCCGCCCAUAGCCCGGGGAUACCACACGCUCCCUGCAGACUUCAGCAGACUUCACCUGGCCGACGGCUUGCACCCACAGGUGACCCACGUCUCCUCCAGCCACUCAGGAUGUAGUAUCACCAGCGACUCUGGAAGCAGCAGCCUGUCAGACAUUUACCAGGCCACAGAAAACGAACCAGGCGACAUGGACCUGAGUGGCUUGCCAGAAACGGCCGUCGACUCUGAGGAGGACGACGAUGAGGAGGAUAUCGAGCGAGCGUCUGACCCCCUCAUGAGCCGGGACAUUGUGCGGGACUGCCUGGAGAAAGACCCCAUGGACAGAACUGACGAUGACAUAGAGCAAUUACUGGAGUUCAUGCAUCAGCUGCCGGCAUUCGCCAACAUGACCAUGUCGGUGAGGAGGGAACUCUGCGCAGUCAUGGUCUUCGCCGUGGUGGAACGCGCCGGCACCAUCGUUCUCAAUGACGGAGAGGAGCUGGACUCCUGGUCGGUGAUCUUGAACGGUUCAGUGGAGGUGACGUACCCUGACAGCCGAACAGAGAUCCUGUGUAUGGGGAACAGUUUUGGGGUGUCACCAACCAUGGAGAAGGAGUACAUGAAGGGAGUCAUGAAGACCAAGGUGGACGACUGCCAGUUUGUGUGUAUAGCCCAGCAGGACUACUGCUGCAUCCUUAACCAGGUGGAGAAGAACAUGCAGAAGGUGGAGGAGGAAGGAGAGAUCGUUAUGGUGAAGGAACACCGUGAACUGGACCGCACCGGCACCAGGAAAGGACACAUUGUCAUCAAGGGCACAUCAGAGCGUCUCACCAUGCACCUUGUGGAGGAACACUCAGUGGUGGACCCCACCUACAUCGAGGACUUCCUGCUGACCUACAGGACCUUCCUCUCCAGCCCCAUGGUCGUGGGCAAGAAGCUCCUGGAGUGGUUCCACGACCCCAGUCUCAGGGACAAGGUUACACGGGUAGUCUUGCUGUGGGUAAACAAUCACUUCAAUGACUUUGAGGGAGACCCCGCCAUGACCCACUUUCUGGAGGAGUUUGAAAACAAUCUGGAGAGAGAAAAAAUGUGUGGGCACCUCAGACUGUUAAAUAUAGCGUGUGCUGCUAAAGCCAAGCCUCGUCUGGUGACUCUGACCAAGCCGUGCAGGGACUCUCCGCUGGCCUUCAGCCUCCUCGGAGGUCAGGAGAAAGGUUUCCGCAUCUUUAUCGAUGCGGUGGAUCCCGGGAGCAAGGCAGCAGAAGUCGGCCUUAAGCGUGGAGAUCAGCUCUUGGAGGUCAAUGGACAAAACUUUGAGAAUGUCCAGCUCAGCAAAGCCAACGAGAUUCUGAAGAACAACACUCACUUGUCUAUAACUGUGAAAACAAACCUUUUAGUGUUUAAAGAGCUGCUAACCAGACCAGAACAAGACCACGAUCUGGACGGUGAGGAGGAACACGACAGAAAGAACGGUGCACCCCACCUCCCGAAGAUCGGAGACAUCAAGAAGGCCAGCCGUUACUCUAUACCCGACCUGGCGGUGGACGUGGAGCAGGUGAUGGGUCUGGAAAAGGUCAGCAAGAAGGCGAAGACCAACACGGUGGGAGGACGCAACAAGCUGAAGAAGAUCUUCGACAAGACGCUCACCAGCAUCCUGCCUCCGAAACCGUACAACGACGUUUGCGUGGGCCAAUCACAGGACGACAGCAUAGUGGGGAUGAAGCAGUCCAAACAGAUCCCACCACCUCUGCCCGUCAGCGGAAACCUGUCGUCAUCAAACCCAGACCUUCUGCAGUCUCACCACCGCAUCCUGGACUUCAACAACCAGCCUGUCCUGUUCAUACCAAAUAUGUCGGACCAGGUAUUACGAGUCUUCAAGGCCGACCAGCAGUCUCGGUACAUCAUGAUCGGGAAGGACACGACAGCUAAAGAGGUGGUGGCUCAGGCGAUCCGGGAGUUUGCCCUGACUGCAGCAGCAGACGCUUAUUCUCUGUGUGAAGUAUCUGUCACACCUGAAGGCGUCAUCAAACAGAGGCGGUUACCGGACCAGCUGUCCAAACUAGCUGACAGGAUUCAGCUGAGCGGAAGAUACUACCUGAAGAGCAACAUGGAGACAGAGACAUUAUGUUCAGACGAUGAUGCUCAGGAUCUCCUGCGAGAAGGCCAGAUCUCCUUGUUACAGCUCAGCACAGUGGAGGUUGCCACUCAGCUCUCCAUGCGGGCCUUUGAACUGUUCUGCGCCAUCGAGCCCACGGAGUACAUCGACGACCUGUUCAAGCUGCGCUCCAAGACGGGCUCGGCCAGCCUGAAGCGCUUCGAGGAGGCCAUCAACCACGAGACGUUCUGGGUGGCCACGGAGGUGACGCGGGAGCCCAACCAGCUCAAACGCAUGAAGACCGUCAAGCACUUCAUAAAGAUCGCCUUGCACUGUAGAGAGUGCAAAAACUUCAAUUCCAUGUUCGCCAUCAUCAGCGGUCUGAACCUGGCUCCAGUCUCCAGACUGAGGGGGACGUGGGAGAAGCUUCCCAGCAAGUACGAGAAGUUGUUCUCAGACCUGCAGGACCUCUUCGAUCCCUCGAGAAACAUGGCCAAGUACAGGAAUGUCCUCAACAAUCAGAACCUCCAGCCUCCAAUCAUCCCCCUGUUCCCGGUCAUCAAGAAGGACCUCACCUUCUUACACGAAGGCAAUGACUCUAAAGUGGAUGGCCUGGUGAACUUUGAGAAGCUGAGGAUGAUUGCCAAAGAAAUUCGCCAUGUUGGCCGCAUGGCCUCCGUCAACAUGGACCCUGCUCUCAUGUUCCGUACCAGGAAGAAGAAAUGGAGAAGUUUAGGGUCCCUCAGCCAGGGUAGUGCCAAUGCGGCAGUGCUCGACGUCACCCAGACAGGCGGGCACAAGAAGCGGGUGCGGCGCAGCUCCUUCCUGAACGCCAAAAAGCUUUACGAGGACGCCCAGAUGGCCAGGAAGGUCAAACAGUACCUGUCCAACCUGAGCCUGGAGACCAACGAGGAGAGCCUGCAGACGCUGUCCAUGCAGUGUGAACCCUCUAUAAGCACAUUGCCCAAGAAUGCCGGUGGGAAGCGACCAGACACCUCGCCAGUUGUGUCUCGAGCUGCCAGCCAGCAGAGGGGCCAGUUGGCUAAAGGAAACCAGGCCCUCCAGGUCCCUGCAGUCGCCCUUUACCCAUCCCGAAAGAAAGUGCCAGUCAAGGAUCUGCCGCCUUUCGGCACCAGUUCCCCGCAGUCUCUGAAGAAGAUCCUGUCUCUGUCAGAGGAGGGGAACGAAAGGCACCGCAGGCAGCCAGAGGACACCGUGUCCAACGCCUCCUCCCAGCUCUCCUCCCCGCCAACCUCCCCCCAGAGCUCACCCAAGAAGGGUUACAACCGGAUGGGAGACGCCUACUCAGACUCCGGUCACAGUGAGAUCUCCUCUCGCUCCAGCCUUGUCAGUAACUCCUCCUUCGACAUGGCCCAGGAGGAGCGGAGGCUCCGUCACUCUGGAGGAGUCGUGGAAUCGCACAUCGUAGGAUCACGGCUGGAGCGAAGAGCUACCACUGAUCCCGACCAGUACAGCCUUGGGUCGUACUCAUCAAUGCAGGACUGUCGGGGGAUCUACACCGGCUGCCCCACAGUGCUCUCCUCACCCAGCUCAGAGGAGCUGACUCAGGAUCAGGGGGAUCGUGUUUCUCUGGAUGCUGCAGACAGCGGCCGUGGCUCCUGGACUUCCUGCUCGUCUGGGUCCCAUGACAACAUCCAGACGAUGCAGCAGGGCCGUAGCUGGGAGACUCUGGCCUUUGGCGGUGGAGUAGGCGGAGGUGGCAUCGGAGGCCUCCCACCCGGAGGACCAGAGGCCUUAUUAGGAGGGCCUGCUGCUCUGUGGGCAGCACAGGCCAGGGGGAGCUGGGCGUCUGCCAGCUCCUCCUCGUCCUCAGCGGCGUACUGGGGAGAGGACUCUGAGGGAGACACUGGCACCAUCAAGAGGAGGGGAGGAAAGGACGUCAGCGCCGACCCAGAAACUAGUAGCAUCACAUCCACUGGGUCAGAGGAGGCCAAGCAGCUCGGCCGGCCAUCUCCGUCACCCAUCACCGCUGGGGGUAAAGGACUCCUCUCACGGAAAGAAAGUCGUUACCGCGAGCCUCCCCCGACUCCCCCCGGCUACACCGCCCUCACCAUCUCCGACCUCGCCGAAGGUCAGCACCCGACCACGCCUGUCCCCGCGUCCACGACGGCGCACACAGGCCGCCGGCCGCCAGACUACACUACAGCCCUGCAGCGCUCACGCAUGGUGACCCAGUCUCCCGACUCCCACCAGGCCCACCAGGGGGCGAAACAGCGAGCAGGCGGCCUCCAUCGCACACGCUCACCGGCAGAGGACGAAGAAGCUGAGGAGGAAGAGGAGGAGGAUGAACAGGUGUCAGCGGUCUGAGGGACGAACAUGGACCAUGUCCCUGUUUUUUGCAGUAACUUGAAGUCCCUUUGGUAAAGGGCGGGCAGGAUUAAAGAGACUGACAGACCAAUGGACUCAUCAUCAGUUACGUACGUGCCUGCCUCCUCCACACGGCUCUCCCUCCUGAUCGGUAGACUCCUCUGCUCGUCUCCCUCCCCUGCCUUAAAGCAUCACAAGGGGGUUGAAAGACCCUGCAUGCAAAAAAUACUGUGAAGAAGAGAUGGAGAGAAGGUCAAAGACGACAUAGAAAAAAAAAAGAAAUAACGCCUGGCACUUUGGAUAAAAAGACUACAGGAACCUAACCGGUGCUGGGAGGGGGUCGACCUCGCCUCAUACUCAUCAAACACAGAGACGUUGCUGUUUGAAACGGGCGCAGCUUCUUAAAACGGCGCGCUCCAUACAGCAACACAUCCCACAUGUUAACACAGCAGCAUCAUGACGUGUUGACCUCCAUCUGCACUUUCUCAUUUUGUACUUUCUAAGAAACAGAACAAACAAAAAAACACACUUUCAUUCAAAGACGGAGAGAAACAACGGUUGACUUGACUCUGAAAUUUCCCACUUUUCUUUUUUUUGUUUUGAUUUUUGUUUCUUUUAGUUUGUUUUUGACUGAUUGCACUCUGGGGGCCGAAAGAGAGACUCUCAAGUCAGCUCAUUUCUCUGCCUGGACUGAAACAAGCCGCCUGUUGUUUGAGUGUUUGAACUCUUAAAUCCAGUAUUAUCUCAUGUGUCACAUGUGAAAGAUUAUCAAGUGUUGGUUCAAAUCAAAGCUACAUGUAGGAGGAGAGCCGACACGCACAGUGUACUGACACACCUACACGCACACACACACACACACACAAACACACAGAGUACAUGACAUGUACCAGAACAUACACAGAAAGACACAAUUUACUUCUAAGAAAAGCACUUUCAGCACAAUCCUAGAUGUUACCAGACGUUUGGCCUGGAUAGCAGGGUAUGAGUGAACCAUAUCUGACUGUCAGCCCGCCUCGGAGCUCGUCUGGUUUUAUUAGUCUUUCUAUCAUCCUGUUGCUCGCUGUUUUGUAACUGGCCCAAAGGUGAUAUCAAAAAAAAAAAAAAAAAGCACAGAGGUGAUGGACCACCUGCUGAAAACUGAGCAAAACAUGUCGGACUCCAUCAUGUUGUUCUCUGCAGAGCGCCAGAGGUACAAGAGGUAGACUGAAGCUAAAUAAAUACAGAGUGCAGCUGCAGGAGAGGAGACUGAAUCCUUGAGGUUCAACCUUUUUAAAAAGCCGGGUAACAUUUUACACAAAGGCACACAUGCACUGUUAAUUAGCGGCUUGUAAGCAUGCAUAUUAGUAGCAUCAUGGGCUUUUUGAAUGCUAAUAUAAAGCACUCAUUGAUGCCUUAUUAAUGCGUGACCCUAUUUGACAAACACUAUGUAAUUAAGUCAGUUUUCCUUCAGCAGGCUUCUCAUUCAAACGCUGAGGAGGUUCAUAUUAACCAGGAUGUAGUAUGUUUUGCUCUCGAAGCAAAUUAAAAGACGGAUGUGCAACAAAUGAAAGCACAUUGAUCUGAUUUACUUCCUUAUUUAAGAUUAAAAGGCAUUAUAGAUGAGUUUGAAGCAUAAAUAAUGCCUUAUAUAACAGGUAUAGAGCCAAUAUGAUGCUAUCAUGCAUGCAACAAGCUGCUACUUAGUGGUUAAAUGUGUGCUUUAAAUUGAAGUGUCACCAAAAUCUGAUGUUAGGUUUUGGACAUUGGUUGAAAAUGUUUUAACCACAAAGGUCGAUGACUCGAACUCGAGUUACCUCUCGUGCUUUUAGCAAACAUCAGCAUAUUUCAGAAGCUGCCAAUGUGUUCAAUACGAGCGUGAAACUACCCCUACCUUUACAAAUGAUCUUGUACAGAGUCUUAUAACAAUACACACACACACACACACACACACUCGUCCCCUUCAAAAUAAAAGUCUCCACAUAUUCAGAAGAAGUUUUUCUCCUCAGCCUGAACAUACAUCAAGUGUUUUUGUGAAUGUCCAAAGCGCCUUACGAUGCCACGAGUGCAUCCAUUUCUUUGCAUGGUCGUUCCCGUCACAAAUCACCUUGUUUAUAGAGCAGUUUGAAUCAAGUGAUAGUGGAGAGAAAUGCCUUAUUCAAGAUACUUUCCCCCCCGUCUUUUUUUUAACACAUUAAGACUCAGUACAAGAUGAAGCUACGUGUUCUGUUUGUGUUUUGUUUUGGCUUUAGACGGCAUCAUGUUACAGUGAAGUAGAUGUUUGUGUCUACACACAGAGCGACGCUGCACCUCUCCUCUGUGCUGAUGUGCUCACAGAUUUCAUCCUCACCUGUUACAGAGCUUUUCCACCACAUCUCUCCAAUCCGUGGAAGGGACUGAAGAGGUUUUAUUUUAUUUCUUUGACUCCGGUGGGAAGUUGACAAAUGAAGACGUGUUUUUUUUUCUGUUUUUUUUUUCCAAGGCUGCCAAUCAGAACAAUUCGAGAACAUUUGUGAAAAGACACUUUUGGUUUCCUUCUAUCACUGAGUCGCACUGAUCACAUUGAUCAGUCUCAGAAACUACAGACUGAGAAAAAGAUGAAUGAGUGCAGUGUUUUUUCCACUGUGUUCUGUGACUUCACACUCAUGAUUUCAUGUUGGUUUUUUUUGUUAUUGUAAUUUUUGUAAUGGCUGCAGAUAGAUUGUUAAUAAUAAUUUGUUUGUAAUACAGUGGUGACAUGCAUCAUUCACUUUCAUUCAAACUCUUGAAGAUUAUGUGCAUAUUAGCAGGCCGAGUCCUAUUUGGAAAAACAAAAAGUUGCACAAAAAUGUACAAGCGUAAAGAUAAGUGUAGUAGGUAGAACUGCUACUCCGUUUGAUGUGUGAUGUCAGUGAGAAAUGUACAUUUAGCUGGUGAUGACCUUUUUUUUUCUUCAUUCUUUCUUGUACUACUUUGACCUGUAUGUCUUUUAAAAAGACAAUUGGUGGAGUACGUAUCAGUUGUUUUUGUAUUUUUAAUACAAUAAUUGUAAAUAUUGGUUAUAUUUUUGUUCAAAUGUACUAUGUUUAUGCCUCAACAUCCAGUUUAUAUGAAGCUGGGAAUCAAUAAAUACUGCAUAAAGAAUCAACACCUAGGUUUAAAAGCACUCGUUCCUUUCUUCUCAUUUGUUUUUCUUCUCCCCCAGAUACCGUCUAGUGUUUGCACAAGUCAUGGAAGCAACUUGAAAAGUGUAACUCAUCUCUUUUCUAUCCGACCGCGGUGUGUCAGAGUUAAUAAAGAAGACAUAUUGAA